GCCCUUGGUCGUGCAGUCCAGAGGACUGGAUGGCAUGCUGGACCCAAGCUUGGCUCAGCGUCAGGGCCCAAUAGCGGCUAUUCCAAGGGAGCAGCUUUCUGUCCUGGGCACUCUGAGGCGCAUAGCGUAAUGUCCAUGUUGUUCUACACUCUGAUCACAGCGCUUUUGAUUGGCAUCCAGGCAGAACCACUGGCAGAGAGCAAUGUCCCAGCAGGACACGCUGUUCCCCAAGCCCACUGGACUAAGCUUCAGCAUUCCCUCGACACAGCCCUCCGCAGAGUCCGCAAUGCCCCAGCAGGGGCGAUAGCCGCCCGGGUCUCUGGACAGAGCAGCAACAUCACCGUGGACCCCAAGCUGUUCAAAAAGCGCAGACUGCACUCCCCUCGUGUGCUGUUCAGCACCCAGCCCCCACCAUUGGCUGCCGACGCUCAGGAUCUGGAUUUGGAGGCUGGCAGCGCCUCCCCCUCCAACAGGACUCACAGGAGCAAGAGGUCGUCCCACCCCAUCCACCAGCGGGGUGAGUUCUCUGUGUGUGACAGUGUCAGCGUGUGGGUCGGAGACAAGACCACAGCCACAGACAUCAAGGGCAAGGAGGUGAUGGUGUUGGGGGAGGUGAACAUCAACAACAGUGUCUUCAAACAGUACUUUUUUGAGACCAAGUGCCAAGCACCCAAUCCUUCAGACAGCGGGUGCAGAGGCAUUGACUCCAAGCACUGGAACUCCUAUUGCACCACCACACACACCUUCGUCAGGGCUCUGACCAUGGACGACAAGCAGGCGGCCUGGCGGUUCAUUCGGAUCGACACAGCCUGUGUGUGUGUGCUCAGCAGGAAGACAGGGAGAAGAGCCUGAGCCCCACACCAGCCCCACUCUCCUCCAGCCCCUCCACACGCUCCUGGGCCCCUCCCUACCUCAACCUGUAAAUUAUUUUAAAUUAUAAUGAUUGCAUGAUAAUUUAUAGUUUAUACAGUUUUAAAAAUCAUUAUUUAUUAAAUUUUUGGAAGCAUC